GGUGUGCAGUAACCGAUGCGACUUUGGCUUUUCCGGCAGUCGGAGGGGACGGGGAAGCUUCGUCCGUGCGAAUCACCUUGUCUCUACUUCGCAAAAAGCCCUGUUUUUUUUUGCGCGGCUCGAGGUUCUCGGAAGCGCCUUGCAAUUGAACAACAGAUGAGAAAUUCAAAAUGAGGCUAACGAAUUCCGUCUGAAGGCUUUGUCUCGCAAAAUCAGAAAUCCCCUAAUCGACUGCAGGUUGUCAGAAGUGAAACGUACGGACUCUCCCAAUGUCUCUCGACAAGUUCGGUGCGUUUUUUCACUCUUGGCCUUUGCAUGGACAAACACACCCUUCAAGAAGUUUGUUUUUCCCAGAAGUCCUUUUUCUUUGUCUUUGACGCUUUUGAAGAAAGUUCAAAGUCCAAAAUGCGUGUUCUUGUCCACGUGUAGAGCGCACACAUCCACGAAACAGUAUGCCCGUGCAUGUCGGGUUCUUGUGCGCAUUCGCGGCUUUAGAAGCUGUGUUGUUAGAGACCCUUUGCUGCUGACUUUUGUUUUUUUAGCUUUUCCCAACCGGUUUUUCAAAACGUCCUCCGCUCUGGCAUUUCUUCCCGUAUCCCGAGAACGUUUCCCUUCAAUCUUGAAGAACUCGACUCCUGUCAAACACGAUCGUGAGUCCUUUUCCCAAAUCGCUUUCUUCUAAGCUAUUGCCCACUUGUUUUCACUUCUACAUCCUUCGUCGGUGUCUCCACAGCGACCGUUUUAUUCCCUUCUUUUCCUUCUCCCUUUCACCUCCCUUUGUCGAUCUCUUUAUCAGUUCCAGGAUGGCGGCUUUCGUUGUGGACGGCCUUGCGGCUCUUUCGCGUUUCUUCUCCUUCUCUUGCGAGGAGACGCGGCUGACGGACAAGCUGUGGGGCGUGUUCUGUCCUCUCUCUCCCUCUCUGCCUCUCUUCUUCUUCCUCACGCUUUUCUGGUUCUACGUGCAUGCAUUCGUCUCUCCACGCCUUCCUGCGCUUCUCCUCCCCGCCUCUGCGCGCCGCCAGCACAUCGAAAAGGUGACCCGCAUCGCAGCUCUUGAAGCAGCCUCCACACACAGAGCUCAGAAGACCCAACCGAUUCGAACGAAGCAGGGAGUCGCUUCAUACACAGUCGCCUCUUCUUCGACAACCACCUCACGAUCCACAACAGCCUGUUGCUCUGAAGACGCUUCUUCUUCAAGUGAAGCCGUUAGCGCCGAGUUGGCGGCUCUUCGAGUGUAUUUUAUCAGCGCGAACGCAAACACGACGGCGUCUCUGCAUGCACUUUAUUUGACUCCCGCGGCACUUUUCCACGCCGUUCGAUGUGUCGUUCUUCCAGCUGCACAGAUCCUGGUGGCGCAAGCCGCGUCACAGGCGUACUCUUCUGUCCUCGCCCAUGCCUCUGGGUCAGAGGCAGAGGUUCGCAUGCAGGCAGAGCAGGCGGCUCUGCAUGCAGAGGUGGAGCAGCGAAACAACUGGUGGGACACCUACUUUGCUCACUGGGGCGCUGCCGCAGACUUCUGGGAUGGCAGAAAAGACCCUCUCGUCAUCUUCUCAUCCUAUAUGAUGGGAAGCUACUUUUUGUGGGACUGCUUCGAGUGUUUGCGAAACCUGGAAGUCCACAAGCGAGCUUUCCUCUUCCACGCCCUUCUCAGUUUUCUCGCCGGAACGAUCCAAAUCACUGCUCCGGGCAUCAAACUCUCAGGUUUGUGCAGUCUGUUCGCGGCGAGCGAGAUCUCGACGCCGUUUCUCCACUUUCGCUGGUUUCUCGUUCAGAACGGACAAGCACACACGACUUUGUUUCGCUUCAUCAACGCCCUCACUGUCUUUCUGUUUAUUUCUGUGCGGCUCAUCGUGGUGCCAUAUCUCGUCUUCUGGCACUACUGGGUCGACUGCCUGCUGUAUAGACACCACAUGAUUCCGCAGAAAAACAUCUCCACAAUGCGCAUGGUCUUUAUGAUGGUGCUGACGCUCGGCUGGACGUUGCUGAACUACUUCUGGGGCUACCUGUUUUUCCGUUCGCUCUGUCGACAUCGGAAGCGCAGCGGGAAAAACAGAGUCGAGAAAGAUGCGGACACACUGCGGCAAAACGAAGGAGGCAAGAAGGAACAGUGAAGACACGGAGACAAAGGAUGAGAGAAGAGGGGCAAGAAACGCACAGAAAGGAGGAGAGGGAGGGAAAGGAACAAGGUAUCAACGCAGAACCGUAGAACAGAAACCGCACAUGGAAGAGGUCAGAGAACACCACACACAAAAGCAAAACGAUAAAACAUGGAGAGGAGGCAAGCGCCCCGCCGAUCCAGACAUAGAAGACAGGAAGAAGGAGACAGGAAGGAGAAGGGAGGCCAACAAGGAGGGAGAGGUGACUGAAAGAGAGAGCAAGAGGAGACGAAGAAGAAGCCAAUCAAAGAAGCGGAAAGAGACAAUGUCGAGCAGGAGCUGAGGAAAACAGAGAAAGGAGAAGCUGCUGCCGUAGGGAAACACACAGCCGUCAAGAGAGAGAACGAAGAGGAUCCAGCUUUACUUUGCGCGGUUGGCCUGUAUCCCUUGAGUUGCUCGUGUCUUCCCUUCUGGGUCGAACAGAACUUGAGAAGUUUCACAAGUCGCCUCUUGUUUCAAUGAAAAGAAAUUCAAUACGAGACGAGCCACGCCGCCGUUUAGGAUCUGCGGAGCCCUUCUGCUGGCGCUACUUGUCGUCGAUUUAUGCAUUUCCUUCGUCAUUUAGUUAUGUGCGUAUCUGCUUUUAUUUGGAUGUCUGGAAAGGUGCAGGGCUCCGGGUGUUCGGGACCGAUGUGAAAAGUGCAUGCAUGUACACGUGAUUGUAGCGCUGCAUGCGAGUAAAAGCAGACGUGCGUCUUCCAUUCUCUGUCAACGUUUCGUCAGGCGCCCCCGUUAUUUGUAUCGGGGGUUUCACUUUGUGUUUUCCCUCAGUUGGAGGGGAGAGGAGAGAGUUCGUUUUUUUUCGUUUCUGAGAGAACGCUCUCUCGGGGGGACUGAGGUUCUCUACGCCCAUUUUGUACUUUGAAGCCACAGAGGGAAGACUUUUUUCAUCGUUGAACACAACAGGAAGAUAAAUCCAUCCUUGUCACACAGUCACCACUGCUUUUGACGGAAACGUGAUCGGCGGUCUGCUCUCUGUUUCUGCUUUCUCUUGCACUGUGGAAGGGGGGGAGGGGAAGUAAAAUUCUUCCUUUCAGCACUUGAAAGCUCAAUUGUUCCUCUUUCUAUCCAGGUUGCCCCAACAAUGUACCUUUCAGAGGUGCAGCCGUGCGUGCGCAUAUACAUCGAUGUGCAUGUGAGUCUAUGCGUGGAUACAUAUACGUAUACAUGUAUUGAAUUAUGUAUAUGUAUGUGUGCAUGUAUGUAUGUAUAUACACGAGGCACUUGUGUCUACAUUUCUUGCUUGCAUAAAUGUAUGUGUGUGGACACAGAUAUAUACUACACCUAUAUACAUUUGUGUAUAUCCGACGUCAUGCAUAAUGCUGCGAGUUCAAUUCAGUACUUUGGCAG